AUCUUUUUCUGUGCUGAGCCUGCUCCAACGGAAGCUCGAUCUUCGAAUCCACUUCCGUCGCCUGCCUUUUCACAAAGCCCAAAAAAGCGUACCGAUACGCUUACCUAGCUACGCCGUACAGCUCGACUAGGCUCUCUUCAAGCCUUGCGCCCCUCUUCGUCGUCAUACGUCGUUGUCCCUUCUUGUCACUCUCUCUUUUUCUGUCAUCAGUAACCCAUAUUACUGUCAAGGUAAACCAACAGCCGGCCACGCAAAGCGAACGACCGAACGACCGGGAGGCGGAAAGACAAGAAACAUGAGCAUUUUCAACCAAAAAUCCAAGUUCAAAAUCAAGACCGAGAUCCGCACCGUCCGCGAGACCGUCGAGCGCCCCAAACUCAAAGCGUCGACAUCCUCCUCGAGCAUACCCACCACCGGUUCCUCACAACACUCCAACGUCCGGACCGCGGGGGCGGGGUCAUCGCUGUCGCGCGCCUCGUCCACAUCCAGACUCAACGGAACCAAGCACACCACUUCUACCUCCUCCUCCGCACGCGCCUCUCUCACCAAGGUCAGCACCACCUCGACCGCACGACGGGUCCAGAGCGCGUCGCCCAACCCGUCCAUCAGCGGCGACGGCCGGAGCAGCCGCAAGCGGCGUGCGGCCAAGGCCUCGAGCCGGUCGCCCAUCAGCCCGCACUUCUCUGAAGACUCGGAUUCGGACAGCAACGGGGACGAGAACUGGGAGGACAACCUGGACGCGCGCAAGCGUCGCAAGCGGGUGCACGAUGAGCGACCCGUCGACGUGAACCGGAAGCUACGACACCCCAAGAUCUGGAAGGGCGAGGAUGCGGAUCAGGUGGAGCGGAUACCCGGAUCGGGAAUCAUACAUGCGGCCAAGGUCGCGAGCCUGGAACACAAGUGCAAGCCCGCACUGGGACUGAAGAACGAGGAGGUUGCUGUGAGGUUGCAGUACCCUGGGGUCAGGUAUCCUGAACGAUACGAAUUGGUAGAAGGUAAAGAUAAGAUUGAUGCCGUCAAGGACAUCGAAAAAGUUGUACAACUAGUCGCCUCGACCUAUCUUACAGAAGAAGAGGGCAAGAUCUUCCUUGACCACCAGACAGGCAUCCUCCGAAAGCUCGUAAAGAGCAAAAACCGAUCCGACGGCCCCGGCUUCAAAGCCGCCCUCCGCGAAUACAAUGACGAACUCCUCAAGCUCAUGCGCAAGGGCGUCAUUGUCCGAAACCUCGACAAGAUGCACGGGAUACCGCGCGAGCUGGUCGAUUUCAUCCUCGACCAGGUAUACGACCGCACCGUCGCCCCACGGGUCGAGCUCCUGGCCAAGUACCAGAACGGCAGCGACAACGUCUACGGCGAACUGAACCACCCUUUCAUCUCCGACAUUCUCGAGCGGACCAACCUGACCUCGGGCAAGGUGUUUGUCGAUCUCGGCUCGGGCGUCGGCAACGUCACGCUCCAGGCGGCGCUCGAGAUUGGGUGCGAGAGCUGGGGCUGCGAGAUGAUGGAGAACGCGUGCAACCUGGCCGAGGCGCAGUACGACGAGUUCCUGGCCCGCUGCCGGCUGUGGGGGGUCAAGCCCGGCAAGGUGCGCCUGGAGAGAGGGGACUUCCGUAAGAACGAGAAGGUCCUCGAGGUGCUCAAGCGGGCCGACGUGGUGCUCGUCAACAACCAGGCCUUCACGUCGCAGCUCAACGACAACCUCGUCAGCAUGUUCCUGGACCUCAAGAUCGGAUGCAAGAUCAUCUCGCUCAAGACGUUUGUGCACGACAACAAGAAUGCAGAGAACGACGUGGCCACGUCGAUCCUGGAUGUCGAGCACCUUACGUAUCCUGAAGGCUAUGUCAGCUGGACUGGCGCUAGCGGGACAUAUUGUAUCUCGACCCGGAGGUGAUGAAAUGGCCAGGGGGUAAAUGCUGUGCUGGAUUUGGAGAUGGAGGAGAUUAGCGAGCUCUUCCUGCUUUGAUGGGCUCUUGGUACCAUGAUGAUACCUGGGAUCAAAAUAUUCGCAGGAGUAUGCGCGUAUGAUGUGUCUUGUUAUUCUAGCAUAGCGGUUUCUGGAUGGCGCGCCUGAAAAGCGAGCUUGUAUCAUCCGCGUCGUAUGGGUUUUUGUUUCAUCUGAUAUAUCCAGAUGUAUGCGUAAAAUAGAGGUGGAAGGGAAGGAAAGGGAAGGGCAAAAGGGAAAGGGAAAGGAUUACCAGGGUUUUAUAUCAAGUACAUACAUACCUUUUGUAACAGUC